CCCCAUCCCUCCCACCUUGUCGUCGUCGUCGUCGAGCGCGCGCAGGGCGGGGGAGUGCGGCUCGCGCGGUGCUUGUUGUCGCAGCCGGUAACGGGCAGUGAGAGGCAGAGAGCCGCCAUGGCGGAGAGCGCCGGCCUGGAGAACCACCGCAUCAAGAGCUUCAAGAACAAAGGGCGGGAUGUGGAGGUGAGAGAGAGAGAGGUCGCCAGGCCAGCCCCGCUGCUAGCCACCCGGCCUCCCCCGGGCUGAGAGCCGGCCUGAGGGGAUCCCAGCCAGCCCCGGCCUGGGGAACCGGAUAGGGCAGGGAUGGGGGAAACUCCGGCUGCCGGGAACUACGUUUCCCAUGAUGCCCUGUGACUGCCACUCCCAUAAUCCUCAGCCAGCUCAGCGGCGUUUACCUCACUGUGGGCCAGCCAGCAGCCACAUGCUGUGGCGGCCCGUGAGACAUCCUAAUGGCACUCCCACCUAGCCAGCCGUGUGGAUCGCCAAUCACAGCACCCUCAGCCUGCUUGUGCUGAUUCCCAGCUGGCUGAGUGUGAUGGGAGGUAAACGUAACCCCUAGAAUGUCAGAGAUGGGCAAUCUCUGCAAUGAGGGAUUACUGAUAAUAAGGAUGUGUUGGACUCAUAAAGGGAAUUAUUAUAAUUUUACUAUUUCCCCAUGAAUAUUUUGAUGGGCAGAAUAAUGUAGUGAUACUCUGCAAUGCUGAAUUAAAAUAAAAAAGUGUGGGAAUUUGGUGGUGGCUAUGAAUCUGACUUCCUUUAGAUGGCACCAGUAUUAUUAAUGCUGCCCCUCCACCUGGUACAGACAGACUUGCUAGUUAUACAGGCCACAGUUAUAAAGGUCACACAGCCCAAAGUGGGAACCUCCAUUCACAUAGGCAUUAACUUCUGUAAUAUGGACAUAAUUGCCAAACCGGUUUAUGCUGGUUGGUAAGGUAUCGUACCAAUAUUAGUUGGCAUUCAUAGUUGAGUUGAUUCCGUAUACUCUUGAAAUAGGCACUUGAGUCCAUUGUUUAUGGAUAUAAGGGAGUCCACAUUUACAGGAAUAAGAAUGAAGAUUUCAAAAUAUGAAUAUUAAGGUUAUGUUGCAUUUUUAAAUAUUAAAAUGCGCUUUUAUCUUAUAUUUAAAGUGUUGUUUUGUUUUAAGAAGGAAACGAAAACCAUUAAAUUAUAUUGGUAAUGGACGACCGUUGUUCAUAUUUACGUUUCUGUGUAAAUCAACAUGUGAAGUCUCACAAUUUUGCUGUUAUCUUCCAAAUCUGUCAUCUGCUUUGAGUAUGAUCUGUGACAGAUUGGUAUUUUAAAGUCAAAUUUACAAUAUUAUGCAUUGGAGACAUUUACUUUAGAAGACACUUAAAAAAAAAUUUGUUUAUUGUGUUAAAGCAUUUUAUUCCCAUACACGUCAUGUCUACAAGUACACAUCAUCUUAUAAAAGGAAUGCUUACUAAGUCCAUCAUAAUCUAUUCUUGUACCAAAUAUGUGACAUGCUUCGUUUACUACGAGUAAUUGGCUGUACAAUGGAAAUGAAUGUCAUCAAGUCUAAUGUCAAAUUUAGUUAUUAAACACUGUCCAUUUGUCUACUUUCUUUUUUUUCUUUCUCUUUAAAGAUAAAUGUUUAAGUUCCUCUUUGUUUCUACGAGGUGAUAUAUAUUCCCAUAACGGUACUGACUGGGCAAUUUAAUCGAGGUGGAUUAAUAAACUCUUGCAAAUGAAUAGUGCUUAUGACGUAAAGCAACCAUGGCUCUCACCACAUGUACCACUAAUAUAUGAAAUGUGGCCAACCAUAACCACUAAAGCUCAAUGUGGUUUGAAAAAAAAUCAGACCUCUGACACCAAUAAUCUAACCCCUAAACUGUGAUUUAAAUAAUUAUCAAUAAAAAGAUACUGGAACCUAAUUAGAAUUAAUCUAGAACCUAAAUAAAUUCCCCCAAAUCAGCCAAUGUAAACAAGUGUAACAAUUACUAAAAGGGACUACUCUUAACCCCUUAAGGAACCAUGACGUGUGACAUGUCCAUAAAGGAGGCAUGGCCACCUCAAUGAUGGUCCAGUGCUUAUCAUAGAGGAGCGUGGAAAGUGCCACAUUCGCAUUUAAGAAAUUAUUUCCUAUGGGGACUUUCGUGUCACGUGAUUGCUUUAUACUUGGUCAGAGCAGCGGAAGCACCUAUAGUGGCUGUCAGUAUGACAGUAUUGAGAUGAAAUUGUCUGGGGGAUUAUAGUGGCUCUUUUGAGUCUCUGGGCCAAAGGAGUAAAUUAUCAUACAGCUAGUGUGUCUGUAAGCAGAUCUUCUAUAGUUGCAAACAAAUAGGUAUCAGACUCCGAGAGGGAGAGAGAGGAAAAACAGCUGCAAAGUAACCCCUUGAUUGAUACAUAAAGUUAGUGUUGGCUCAGUCAAGCAUUAAAUGUUUGCCUUCAGUAGUUAGAGGGACGCUUUAGUGUCAGGAAUACAAACGUAUUCCAGACACUAUAGUGCUGAAGUGGCUGUUUAGAUUACCAGCCUCCUCUCUGCAGUAAAAAGGUGAUUUUACUUUCCUCUUAUCCCAUGUCAUGCUGGACUCGCCGCGGAUGUUUGUCUAUUUCAUCCUCUAUGGCUGAGGUGAUCAGUCUUGAUAAUCUCAACCAAUCCAAUGCUUUUUCACAGGAAAGUAUUGGAAGGCUAUUGCACAUGUGCGGCAAAAUGCUGCGCUGUGCCAAGCAGCAUCUCCUCAUACAGAUGCAUUGAAUUAGUGCAUCUUCUCUGCACACUGCAGGGACAUGCUAUAGACACCAGAACCUCUACAUUAAAAUUUUGUCGUGGUUCUGGUGACUACAGGUUGGCCCGUUAAUCACUAGUCAUCCAUUAUCUUAUGUAUCCAGUGGAUCUGUGUGUCCCUGUAUAAUGUCCGUUUAAGUGGAUCAGAAUAAAUUUGCUUUUAUUGAUUGACUAUUCUAAGACUGUAAGUUUAUGUAUCAAUCAGUGAGUUACAUUGUUGCUGCCUUUGUUUCUAUUUUUCUCCUAUCCUAAAGAAACACUAUAGUCACUUAAACAACUUUAGCUUAAAGGACCACUAUAGUGCCAGGAAAACAUACUCGUUUUCCUGGCACUAUAGUGCCCUGAGGGUGCCCCCACCCUCAGGGACCCCCUCCCGCCCGGCUCUGGAAAGGGGAAAGGGGUUAAAACUUAUCUUUUUCCAGCGCUGGGCGGGGAGCUCUGCUCCUCCGAUCCUCCUCUUCUCCUCCCUUUCCUAUGGACGCUGGCGUGCUCUCACUGUGAAAAUCACAGUGAGAAGCACGCGAGCGCCUCUAGUGGCUGUCAAUGAGACAGCCGCUAGAGGAAAUAGGGGAAGGCUUAACCCAUUCAUAGCAGUUUCUAUAAAACUGCUAUGUUUAUGAAAAAAUGGGUUAACCCUAGCUGGACCUGGCACCCAGACCACUUCAUUAAGCUGAAGUGGUCUGGGUGCCUAGAGUGGUCCUUUAAUGAAGCAGUUUGUGUAUUGAAUCAUGAUAGUCACUUAAACAACUUUAGCUUAAACAUCUUAAGCUUAAUGAAGCAGUUUUAGUGUAUAGAUCAUGCCUCUCAGGUUUUACUGCUCAAUUCACUGCCAUUUAGAAGUUAAAUCACUUUGUUUCUGUUUAUGCAGCCCUUGCCACACCUCCCCUGGUUAUGAUUGACACAGUCUGCAUGAAAAAACUGGUUUCACUUUCAAUCAGCUGUAAUUUACCUUAAAGGACCACUAUAGUGCCCCGAGGGUGCCCCCACCCUCAGGGUCCCACUCCUGCCGAUCUGAAAGAGGGGGGAGGAAGGGGGCUCCCUCAGCGCUGGGGACUCUCCUCCCUCUUCUGACGUCACUGGCUGAAUACACAUGCGCGGCAAGAGCCGUGCGCGCAUUCAGCCAGUCCAUAGGAAAGCAUUCUCAAUACUUUCCAAUGGACGCUGGCAUCUUCUCACUGUGAAUAUCACAGUAAGAAGCGCGGAAAUGCCUCUAGUGGCUGCCAAUGAGACAGCCACUAGAGGCUGGAUUAACCCAUAGGUUAACUAUGUUUACAGCAGAAAGGGUUAAUUCUAGAUGGACCUGGCACCCAGACCACUUAAUUGAACUGAAGUGUUCUGGGUGCCUAUAGUGGUCCUUUAACUCCUAAAUUGCAAGAAAUUGCAAUGCUAAACUAGAGUCCCAAGCAGUCCAUUCUCUGCUGCUUGCGCUAAUGAGUAAAGUAAGCAUUCGCAUGAGCAAUAGUGGUGGUGGUAGGCUGAAAAUGUCAGCUAGCCUUCUUCAGCCCAUCACAUCAGUACAUUGCUGCCAUGACUUGAUAUGAGUAAGGAAGUGUGUAAUCUUUGCCUUAGCCAAACCUCUAUGGGGAGCUUGACUGUUGAAAGCCACAGGCUUUCAUUCAGUGCUAAACCGCUUGAAUGUGUUUCAACAUUGAACAGAGACACAGUGCCAAGGAACUUCAGGCACUACUACCAAUAAAUGGUUAUCAGAAUCUGCACUAUAACAACUUUCCAUUAUUGCAAACUUGAUGGUACAGAGAAUACCCUACACCCACUUACUAAAGAGUGGAUUGUAACUGCGGUGAUGUGUAAUAAUUAUUUAAGACAGCCCACCAAAAACAUUGGCCAAUGUGCGUGAGGCAUACACAUGCUGCACUUAUAACUUGGACUGAUCACUUUCCCGUGAGUCAGAGCAGGCCUUGAAGAGCAGACUGUGUUUAAACUAGACCAUGCCCAAUAUCAAUUUCCAGAGCCAGUACAGAUUAUUGGUUGUCUUUUGAGCUGAUAGGCGAUAACAAGUGCCGAUAUUCUGUACAUUUAAUGUGUUUAGCGAAAGCAACACAAUUUCUUCACAAAUUAUUUUAUUUUUAUUUAUAUAGUGCCAGUAAAUUUCAUAGCACUGUACAAUGAUGGGUGGACUAACAGACACGUAAUUGUAAUCAGACAAAUGGAUGCACAGGAACACAGGGUUUUAGGGCCCUGCUCAAUGAGCCUACAUCCUAGAGGGAGUGGGGUAUAGUGACACAAAGGGUAUAAGUAGGGGUAAUGAAAUAGGUUGCUAGAAAACUAUUUAAAUAAACGUAGGUUAUUUUUGACAGUUGCCGGAGAGGAGUCGGGGGGAGAGGCGGAUGAAUGAAAACCCGCUAACAGUUUAAUUGAUAUUCUUUCCUGAAGAAGUGUGUUUUCAAGGAUUUUUUGAAGGAGUGGAGACUGGGUGAAAGUCUAACGGAGAAGGGAAAGGAGUUCCACAGAAUCUGGCAUAAAAGGACCAAUAUAGGCACCCAGACCACUUCAGCUCAAUGAGCCAGGUCCCCCUAGUUUUAACCCUUCAGCUGAAAAUAUAGCAGUUUCAGAGCUUCCACCAUUUACACUGAGUAAAUUGCACUUAUUUGGACAUCCUCCCGAACCUCCAGUGUCAAAAAAGAUCCCCAUAGGAAAGCAUUUAGUAAUUGGGUUUAAAUUAGGAAAAUUCAACUUCUCCAUGAAGAGCGUGGAGAUGCUGAACGGCAAUGCAGCCUACUGUGCAGCACUGCCCCAGGAAGAACCUUCAGGGGCCACAGGAGGUAUCUCUAGGGGCAAUGUAAACACUGCAUUUUCUCUGAAAAAGCAGUGUAUACAUGAAAAUGCCUAAAGGGACUAAUUAUAUUUACCAGAACUACAUUAACCUGUAGUUGUUCUGGUGACUAUAGUUUCCAUAUAAAGUAGUGUCAAAUGAGGGGGCCUUUUCAUUUUUGCAGAUCAGUAUGUGAUAAUUCUGUGCUGGUUCCAAUUAGGUCUGUAAAUCAGCCCUUGAAAUUGUCACCGUCCAUAAAACGACAGUUUACCAGCCAUACAGGAACAUACCUAUAGUAAAGCUGCACUGGAUGGCAUACUUCAUGAAUUAAGCUUAUCAUAGCCUCCUACGCCUGUGACCGUUGUACAAGCAUGGCAAUAUUCAAAAUCAAAUAAUCUUUUAGGAAUAGAUAGAAAGAAAGGUGACAAGGAAAGACGUAGAAUUAUUGCCACUUAAAUACAUUUGUCUUUUUACCAAUCAUGCAUUUGUUCCUGAAUCAAAUAUCCGAAUUAUAUUGCAGUAAAUUGAUGGUUUGUCAAACUAGUGAUUUAAAAGCUUAACAUCUCUGAAAGUGACAUUUCUCAUUUCACACUUCUGUAAAUGCUAUUGAAGCGUAUACUACUGUGAGUAACACAGCAGUGGUAAGUUAAAACACUGAUGCCUCCACUGCACAUCCAGUGUAGGGUAACUUUACCCGUGAUCUUCCAGGCAUUCUUGGUGAUCUAUAAAGAGAUGGUGCAUGCAUCCUCAGGUAUUCCUUCAGUAGUGCCGUACUCACUCGUUCAACACUGCACAGAUUUCCAUGCCACACCUAGAGCCGUUGUGUAUAUAUGGCUGUAACACUUUUGCAACAGGUAUUGAUAAUCAAAGUCUGAUUUGUUCAAUCUUGGAAUCCAAGUAUCCCUAAACUCUAUAGGAGAAGUAGACAAACUGUCCAUUCCUAUCUCCUUCCAAUUCCCUGGCAACCCCUCAUUUACAUGUAUGGUUGAUUUACUCACUCUGGUCCUUGCCAUGGUCUCUUAUACUACAUGUUUCAAAGGGUUCUUAUCUGUACCAGAAGAACAGUCAGUCUGUUUCCAUAACCUAACCACUAGGAUAGCCCACUGAGUUACCCAAAACCAGAAGCUUCACUUUCAGUAUGUUUUCACACUAUUUACAUUGGCCAGAAAACCUCACUUAUUUUUUGAUUAUUGAAUAUCAAUGGGCUAGUCAUUCUACUGUAGUUCAAAGCCACUCCUUGCAAGCUAUUUGUGUAAUCAUUACUAAUGUGAUCUUAACUUGUUUAAAUAACUGGGUUAUUCACUUUCUUUAAUGUAGUUGUUCAAGUGCACAAUUAAUCGUAUUAUUUGAUAUCUGAUAUAAUUUAUUAUUAUUUUAUUAUUUAUAUAGCGCCAACAAAUUCCGUAGCGCUGUACAAUAUAUAUAUAUAUAUAUAUAUAUAUAUAUAUAUAUAUAUAUUUUCAGAUUCUUCAUGAGUAUAAAUGACAGUGCUUGAACCCAGGCUACUUUUAAUGUGUUAUUUACCCCUUCCCCUGCACUGUCCAGGAAAAUAUUUUUUAAUCUGAAACACCCAUCUCCUUGUCCUUACUACCCCUGUGUGUUUUUCUUUAAAGGGAAACUCCAGUGCCAGGAAAACAAUCUGUAGACAGCCACUAUAGGUGGAGUUAACCCUGCAAGGUAUAACAAACUGCAAUAAUUACACUUGCAGGGUUAUGGGGAGUGGGAGUUGGCACCCAGACCACUCCAAUGGGCAGAAGUGGUCUGGGUGCCUGGAGUGUCCCUUUAAUCAUAUGGCAAAGUGCAAGGCUCUUGUAAUCUUUAGCAGAGAAUCUAUACAACUCCACUUUAGCUGCUUUAGAGGGUGAGCAGAGUUUUACUCGGCAUGAAGAAUGUGCAGAGUUUUGAUUGUCAGGUUAGGAGGAGGUGAUGUUUUUGUUUUUUGUUUAUUUUUAAGUUUAAUUAUAUAUAAAAAGAAUUUAAAUGAAAUCGUGUAUAUGAAUCAAGUGCUCGUCCAUUUAGUGUAAAUGUGUUGUACCCAUGUACACUUGCUUCUGAAACUACAUUUUGAAAGUCUGUCACAGUGUCAAUUUACAGUAAGUAUGUAACCCAGAUUAGUAUGUGUCAGGCGUACCUGAACAGCAUUUCCCGAGGCAUCCUUUAAUAUAGAAUAUAGUUCAGUAUUUUGGAAAAUGGGAUUCACAGCCAACUUUUUGAAGUGUGUCCUUUAAACCCGAAUUUCCUCUGCUUAUAUGUUGGAAAUGUUCUGCCCUGUUGCAGCAGCCAACACCACCUACAAAAAGAUCAGUGAUUUCUGUAUUCACAGUGGUGGUUUGAUGUCUGCAUUACUUCAUUGUAUAGGAAUGCAAAGGCCUUGCAUCAUUUUUUCGUAAAGAUAUCCUAUCUGCUAGACCAAGCAUAGGCAACCUUCGGCACUCCAGAUGUUUUGGACUACACGUCCCGUGAUGCUUUGCCAGCAUUCUGGGGGAUGUAGUCCACAACAUCUGGAGGCCCGAAGGUUGCCUAUCCCUGUGCUAGACACACAUUUACAAUCCAUAUGUUGAUGACAUAGAAACAUUAUCAAUAUCAUGGUAAUGGCAAAAGUAUAAAGUUGCCACAACUGCUUGAGUUUCAAAAUGACCCCCCCUACCCCCACACACACACACCCUUAUUUCUUACAACUUAUGUGUGAAAAGAAAAAAAAUAAUGGGGCAUUUUAAUCAACGUAACCACUAAGGCUUCGACUAAUGUUUAUGUUGUCUAAAGACUUCGGUUGCUGUCCACUGGUUCUUUGUCAAACCUUUUGUGAGCAGUUUAACAAAGAUCAAAGAUGAAAAUCACAGUGAGAAGCGCGGAAGCCCUCUAGCGGCUGUCAAUGAGACAGCCACUAGAGGCUGGAUUCUCUGAAACUGCUAUGAUUAUAGAAAAAAGGGUUAAUCCUAGCUGGACCAUUUGUUACAUUUUUCCUUAAGCCAGUUUGCCAUUUUGAAGAGAUGAGGAAAUAAGUUGUGUACCAGAUUUCUGCUACACUUUCUGGUGAUCAGCAUGUUACCAGAAUUUCUUUUCCCCAUACUUUUUGUGCUGGUUAUGAAAGUAUGACAUUCCACAUUCAUAGGCCUCAUGUGGGGACUUUGAUUAUAAUAGUUAAUCUUAGUCAGCUGUAGUGCAUAUUCUCUUCCAUAAACAUUUGUACUGUCAGUAUAUUUUCUCUACAUAGAAGUCCUUAACAUGUGUUCCACUUUCUAUAUCUUUUCUAUGUAUUUUCGUCAGACCUUAUUGGAUUGUUGGAUCUGUCUUGGCACCAUAACUACAAUAGUGCAUCGUGGUUAUGGUGGCAGGAGUCCCCUGGUGUUCUUCCACAAUAGUCAAACCGUUUGUCGAUAGUGUACUGUAGUGGUUAUGGUCCUUAAACUGUCCUUUUAAUAUGGACUUUUGGUACCUUAUUCUUGUUUUAUUGUAAUGUAACAUUAUUCUUAUGUUAUGUAUUUUAUCUUUGUUUAUUGUAUAGGUUUGUUUGAAUAGUUCUUUAACCUGUACCUAAAAGUGAUUGCUUUCUGACUGUAGUUCUAUUUACUCCAGAGUAGCAAUAUACCCAAGGUCUUUGGGAAAGACCCUUAAGUUCAUGUCCACAGCUUCUGUCAUUUGAUUUAUUUUUUCCAGCCUCCACCUCCAUUUUUUCACCUUCUGUGUCCACACUGUCCGUGAUGCUCUGAAUGCUUCUUGUGACAUCUAUACCUACUGCCUUGACUGAUCUAAACCCGUCACUACUGUGCGGAAACUGGAAGCAGUCUGGAGUAUUUCUAGACUGUGUUAGGUUAUCAAGUGACGGUGGAGGCAUUACUGGAGAUGGCAUAUUUUAAGAAGGGGGAUUGCUGGUAUGAAUUACACUGCUUUUCCUUCUAAAUUUAAAAAAGUAAUUCAUGCAAAUUCAUACAACAAAGGGUAAACAAUUAAAUGUACUGUAUAAGCAUUUCUUUUAAUAACAAUGUGUCUGAAAGCUAUAAUUAAAAAUAGUGCAUACGUAAACUGACAAAACCAAAGUAUUCAUGUAGGAAUACACUGUACAUCAAGCUUGUCAAACUCAAAAGCGAACACGGGCCAAAUAAACAAGGUUUAAGUUUGUGGGCCGCAAAAAAAAUAGUUCGACCUAGACCAACACAAACUAAAAUUACUCUGAUCGUUCUCAUGCAAACAAUAUGUAAUCCUGGGUACCUAUAUAUAAUUUACUAAAAAGCUUCUCUUCAAAUUACUUACUUUGUUCCCCAAUCUAGUACACUGCCCACCUUUCAUCCACUCUAAUUUAAUACACUGCCCCCACUCCCACCAUUUUAAUUUAACACACUGCCUCCCCUCCCUCCCCCCAGUAUAAUACAAUGCCUCCUUCCCCCCCCAUUUUAACACACUGCUCCCUUCCCCCAAUUAAACGCACUGACCCUCUCCCACCACUCUAUAAUACACCGUGUCCCUCUUUUCCCCCUUAAUCUAAUACACUUCCCCAUAAUUUAAUAAACUACCCUUUCGAAUACACUGCCCCUCCUCCUUCCCCAGUUUAAUACUGUCUCCCCUCCCCAGUUUAAUACUGUCUCACCUCCCUCCCCAGUUUAAUACUGUCUCACCUCCCUCCCCAGUUUAAUACACUCACCUCCCUCCCCAGUUUAAUACACUCUCACCUCCUCCCUCCCAGUUUAAUACACUCUCACCUCCCUCCCUCCCCAGUUAAUACACUCUCACCUCCCUCCCCAGUUUAACACUCUCUCACCUCCCCCUCCCCCAGUUUAAUCACUCUCCCCAGUUUAAUACACUCUCACUCCCCAGUUUAAUCCACCUCCCUCCCCACUCUCACCUCCUCCCCAGUUUAAUACACUCUCACCUCCCUCCCCAGUUUAAUACACUCUCACCUCCCUCCCCAGUUUAAUACUCUCUCACCUCCUCCUGCUCUCACCUCCUCCCAGUUUAAUACACUCUCACCUCCCUCUCACCUCCCUCCCCAGUUUAAUACACUCUCACCUCCCCUCCCCAGUUUAAUACUGUGCCUCCCCCCAGUUUAAUGCUGUCCUCCACCCACUCCUCCCAGUUUAAUACACUGUCACCUCCCUCCCCAGUUUAAUACACUGUGUCACCUCCCUCCCCAGUUUAAUGCAUCACCUCCCUCCCCAGUUUAAUACACUGUCCGUUUAAUACACUCACCUCCCUCCCAGUUUAAUACACUGUGUCACCUCCCUCCCCAGUUUAAUACACUGUGUCACCUCCCUCCCCCCAGUUUAAUACACUGUGUCACCUCCCUCCCCCCAGUUUAAUACACUGUGUCACCUCCCUCCCCCCAGUUUAAUACACUACACUAAAUGAAGGUUCCCCCAAGCCCAUCUUCCUCUGCCUUAAGCCGUCUUUCCUGUCCAGUCCUGUACGAUCUUCUAUGCAUCUGCUCCUCUGGCACUUGAGCAGCAGGGAAGGGGGAGUGACUGGCCUGCUCUGCGCGCAGCUGCCGUAUAUGACUCCAUACGCUGUAUGCGCAUAUCUGGCGGCCGGUGUGGAAGACUGUUUUGUGUUUAUGAGGUCAGCCGUUGCCUGUGGAAGGGCCACAGCACAAAGCGGCCCCAGGGCAGGCAGCCAAUCGGGAAAUUUCCCGGUAUCCCAGUAGGUCAGUCCGGGCUUGGGCCGCAAAUAUACUCAUUGUGUGGCUGCAUGUUUAACAUGCUUGGUGUACAUGUAUGGAUCUUAUUUAUUUACUCUCUUCCUUCCCUCAUCCCCUAUUAUUUGAACUAAAACUAUAUAUGAAAUGAAUUAAUAGGACAGCUAGAGUGGUAUGUGCAGGAAACCUCUAGCCCACCUGCUGCUCUGGGAUGCACUUCAUGCAUAGUCAAAAUGCUAGAAGAGAUCUUAUCAGUUGUGCCACAUGUAGUCCUCACUUUGAGACUUACUUGUCUGACUGCUCAGUCUUAUGACCAGCUCUCUAGCGCAGGGAUACAAAGGAUUCCCCACUUUAGAGAGCUGGUCUAUGUUCGGGGACAUUUUUCCGAACAUAGAUCUGCUGGUGCGCAUGCUCUGUAGCGCAUCCUCACUUACCAACAAUUAGUUUUACAACAGUUGUAAGAAGAGAACCCGGUUGGUAAGUGAGGACUGUCUGUAUUUGUUUGCUAUGACAUACUUCUAGUCUGGAUAUCUGCUAAAUAUACAAUAGUAAUCUAUUUUUUAUUUUUUUUUUCUACAGACUAUGCGAAGACAUCGAAAUGAAGUGACCGUUGAGCUACGAAAGGUAACAUCUAGAGCAAUGUUAAUAUUUUGAGUUUUUCCUUUUUUUAAAUGUGCGCAAGGGGGUAUCUUUUACACUUUUCUAUGAUACACUAAAUCGGUACUAGAGUUACAGAUGAAUGGCUCCAGCAAACACAAACUGCAGGAUAUUUUAUUUAUAUCUCCGCUGAUGGAUAUUUGUCGUUGUCCAGUUUCUUAUGGUAGCAAAACACUUUCGUACGUUGAUCCCAUUGGUGGUUCUCCACAGAGAGAUCAGCUCGGUUUGGUUGUGUGUCUAUUUAUUUAUAGAUGUGACACUGCCUUCUGCCGCUAACUUAUAUUUUAUUAGUCAGGAACAAGAUACCUGUACUAUAAAAAGAACUUUGUUAUAUAUAGAUAUGGAAACAGAACAUCAUAAGGAAAGGUACCCUCAAUGCAAAAGAUGCACCGUGGGUGCCUUACAUCUGCAGUUAAUCACAUGACUGCACUAUAAUUCUGGAAUAUUAUACUGAUCACAUGUAUUUCAUAUACUGGAGGUAGAUUUGUGCUUCUCAGCGGCUGUUACAAUGAGCUGGGGGACUUGGAAACAAGCAAAUAGAUUUUUUAAACUCCCCUUAAUAACUCCAAACAUUAUCUUACAGUUUCUGACAUUUGACUAGACUGGUUUCUGCAGUCUAACGGCACCCCCAGGCAUAAAAGGGGUUAAAAACCGUUUAGGGGAUCUUCCCUUUCCAGAGACACAGGCACAGCUACUGUAGACAUCAGUCCACCGAACCGGAGAAGCAUAUGAUUGCCGUAAAUAGGCAAAUAGGAAAAAACAGAAUAGGUUUACACUCCUAGCCGUCGAACUGGAACAGCAUACAAUAAAUCCCCCCAAGAACGUGACAAAGCUCCGUGUUGAGGGUCAAGCAGUGAACAGACAGAGCUGUGGGUUUAUUGUUCUUAUAUACACCUUAGUACCACCCACAGGGUUUUGGAACACAACCAAUAAACACAUACAAUACACUCAGACACUCCCACACAAAAUCCUCCCCUCUGACUGUGAUACAAUUACCUUACACAAUGGGUAAUGUAAUUAUCACAAGCAGAGAAAUACAAUUUUUCCACAUUAUUCAUAACUUGAAAAGUAUGCAUCACAUUCACAUAAAUUUAUACAUUUUCAGAAUCAGCAUACUCCAAAUACAAACAUAUGUAAAAAUCAUCCAAAUUGGUCCAGUGGUUCAAAGGAUAGAUCGUAGUCCUUUGUGACCAAAGGAAGCAUGGCUUUUCUGCCCAAAACCAGUUCCACAGAGUCUUCUAUCCUGGAGAGAAUUGGGAAGUAAUCCAAUUAUCUCCAAGGACAGAGGCAAAACUCAAUUGAACACAUGGCAGCAAAAGACAAUAAAACACAUAAAAACAUAUAACUGUGCAGCCAUUGCACAAAACAGGUACAUUCAACAUAUCCCCAGAUAGCUCAGAUCAUUAUUACUGAAUGGCGCUCAGAGCACACACAUACAGUUAAAUUGCCAUGGAGCCAAAGUCUUUCCCAUAGUCUUUCAUUAUACGAAUGGGCUCCAUGGCAUAGCUAUCUGGGGUAUCACCGCUCAAACAGGGCCAGCACCGAAUGACCCAGGUUUCGUGUCUCCGCAGGGGAAAAUCAAGUGUUUCAACAUGGGGCCAUAGUCUAAAGGCAGCAGGCGGGCAAACAGGCGGGCAAACAGGCUUCUCCAAUGCAAUGUGGCGAGAUUACUCUCGUCACACUGUUUUUGUUCACCUCAAAACAGGUGGCUAGGACUAAUGUAAUGCAUGACAUGUACUUCAAAGGGAUCAGUAGUAUGCAGCCCUCUACAUGCUAUUCUAUGUCUAUUCACAUUAAUAAUCAUGUAUAAAAUUACUUUUAAUUGGGUUAUUUUAUUUGUCACAAUUUCCUAGCAUUUCAGUCAUCUAUAACAUCAUUAUGAACCUCCCUUGAAGGCUUUUUUUUGGGGACCUCCGGGCAUUGGCAGAUCAAGUCAUUUGGAUUGAUAAGACGUAAAUUCACUUGACUUCACUUUGAGUGAGCUAAAUUUGUGCCUCAGCAAGUGUAGUAGUCAUUAUGGGGCUGUAGUGUUAAUGGGUGACUCCAACCUCUUUGUCCACUUCUGAUUUUAAAAGUAAGAAGAGAAAUCUGAAAUUUUAUGCAAGGGACAAGUUGCACCCCUGGCACAAGAACUGUUCUGGACUGCCUAAUGGUGUUUUUGUUUCACAAAAUGUCUGUCUUCAGCAAUCAGCAUGCUGGUGUCAGGCGUAGUCUUUCUGCAUUUGCAGGCAGUGGUGGAAGCACUUAUAGGAAUACUAUAGGUCAGAUAUAAUUUGUCCUACCACCCUCCCCCCCUUCUUUUAACUAGUGCCUGUCCUCCUCACAUCCUUACCUGUUAUUCACGUAGUAUGUACACCGCUUUGCCCCCACACUUUGGCCAAAUAAGCCUAUCCCUAGACUAAUGGGAGCAAAUAAUUACACUGGGGAAACCCUUUACAUUUUUUUUUUUUUUUUUUUUAAAGGAGCACUAUAGGGUCAGGAGCACUGGUUACAAAUAAAUGGCAAACUUGGAAUGCUUAUUUAAAUCACAUUCAGUGUCUUUGAUGUGAUAUGGAUGUUCACCCAGCUAUUCCCCCCCUCCCCCCUCAAAAAAAAAAAAUACACACACUGAGUUUCUUCCUUCCUCUUGUAAUAAGAAUAUAAUUUGUUUUUUACAUCGGGUAUUACGAGACAUUUUAACUUUGGUAUUUUAGAUUUUUAGUAGUAGCUGUAAAGAAGCAGGUAGAUGGGGUGUAUGUGAGAUCAAACUCUUUAACAAAUAUACUUGUUGCAAGACUUGAAAAAUAUCAGCCAUUCUUCACAGGGAAGCAAAAUCUAAAUUGUGAGGAAAUCACAGUUACAGUAUUACAAGCACAUACAUGAAUAGUUAGAAUUGAAAAUUCAUUUUAAGUUUUAGGACAAAAUAGCUGAAUUGAGAACAGAGCUGACUGAGAAUCUUUUCCAGUUUGGUAAUUGUGGCCUAAAAGUCUACUCUGCAGUAGUGACUACUAAAACGGUUUCCGAUAGUGAAAUUUUGAAGGAAACUCAAGACCUUUCUCUGAGUGCACUUUUUAAAGGUACACUCUAAGCACCCUAGCAUGUCCCGAUUGCACAGGUUAUCGUGCCAGGAGCUCAGUUUGUGUCAAUUUACAUAGUGGCUUCUAACAUCAGGAUUCACAAAAGCUAUUCCCCUUAUAAUGUCAUGAUUUUCGUUUCUUCUCUGUGCACACUGCAUCUACCCUUCCUCUCCUGCUUUCAAACCUGGAACUUUAACGGUCACAGCUCAGGAAAUUAGAUCUUACAAAACCCGACAAUCUCCUGGUUGGUGGAGUAUCUUCCUGGUUUUGGAUGUGACCUCUGCUGCAGCAGCAUGCAAUCCUUAACAGUAUUUUAAUAGAGUUGCCCACUACCUUGUGUGCAGCUGAAGAAAGUGAUUUCACCACAGCAAACGUAUAAUUAGGCUACACUGGAUAAAUAAAGGAAAUGUCAAACUUACAGGGAACUUUACAUGCAGAGUGGAUAUAAAAGGCACAGGUAAUUACAUGCAAAUAGAAAUAUCAAAACAGAAGUACUUAAAAAAAAAAAAAAAAAUAAAUAAAAAAAAAAUUCUAUAAUAAAAUCUCACUUAUGUAAAGAACAUUUUCUUUCUGCAUUUAUUGUAUUACCUUUUUGUCGUACAAGGCUUUAAACUGUUGCUCUGUGUGAGCUAUGCAAAGAAUUGCGCUCCUGUAGAGCUAUGUACUUAAAUAGGUCAGGUUGGUAUCCAAACUGGGGCCAGUCUGUUUUGGAAGUGUGUAACUUUCUCAGAUACACCUGAUAAUGUUUUCUUUCCUGUAACCUUUUUGUCCGUGCCUAUUUCCUUUUGAUUGUAAGCUCUCUGGAGGGUCAUACCUAGCAGUUUGUAUAACAGUGCUACAAAUGUCAGAACUAAGUCUGUGGGACAGGGCCCUCUACUCCUUUUGUGUGGGUAUGUUUAAUUAAACUUAACUGUCUGUUAGAAAAACUGUAAAGCAAUCUGAAUAUGAGCGCAAUAUGAAACUAUUAAUGUUUUGCAGUUUUUUUUUUAAUAUUCUGCAGACUUGUUCCCUAAAACAGCUGGCCUUUCUAUUUUAAAGAUUGAUGGGGGAAAUAAGAAUUGUAUCAUAAAAGGGAUAUUCCUGGCACCAGAACCACUUCAUUUCAGUGAAAUGGUUAUGGCGUCUGAGUCCCUUGGCACUGUCUUACCUUUCAUUGGUACUAACCAGUUUAGCAAAGUAGUAUUCUCUCCAGACGCCUGUCACCUUUCCUUUUCUCUGGUGCUCGGCUAAUGUGUAAGCAUUUGCUCGAGGAGUGAAAGAGACAUUGCUAGGCUAAGAGUAUCAGGUGACCGUUUCAGCCUACUAUGACCACCCACUGUCAGUACAACUGAAAGCACUGUUAAAACGGGAAGGUAAAGUGGCACCAUUGGACUGCAGAACCAUAAUCACUAAAUUGAGAUGAAGUGGUUAGGAUGUCGGGUGUAUGCUUAUAAAUUAUCCUUGUUUACUGAUCAAAUCUUUGACACUUUUUGUGCAUGAAAUGAUGGACAAUAUUUCCGUUUCAGAACAAAAGAGAGGAGCAUCUGCUGAAAAAAAGAAAUGUUCCACAAGAAGAGAGUCUGGAAGAUUCAGAUGUAGAUGGAGACUUCAAAUCGGUAUAGUUUUGGGAUUUUUUUGGUGUUAAACGGUAUUGUUGUUUUUUUGUUUUUUUAUUACACAACAAUGUCUUCAUUUGUAUAGGCAUGCUUAAUUUAGUAGUUAUGAGUACAUUCUCUGGACACGUGAAUAUUCAGUUUCAUAAGAGCGGAUGUGUUGUAUACAAAUGUGGAUGUCCACUUGAAUGAACAUUAAUUGAUAUAUCUAGUAUGCCUCUCUAUAAUACUGGAUACAUUACCUAUGCCGAUUUAAAGUGCACUCCAGUCAUCAUAACCACUAUAGCUUACAGGAGAUGAUACAUCACUUGUGUAGGAGGACACCCCAUGCCAAAAACAUUUAGUGGUUCAGAGUUUGAACAGGAGCCUGUGCCAAUGCAACACCAUCAUAAGCAGUAACUGCAAUUUUUUUUUUUUUAAUUCUUUAAUAAUUUUUUAAUGAAGUGGUCUGGGUGCCAGGUCCAGCUAGGGUUAACCCAUUUUUUUAUAAACAUAGCAGUUUCAGAGAAACUGCUAUGUUUAUGAAUGGGUUAAGCCUUCCCCUAAUCCUCUAGUGGCUGUCUGACAGCCACUAGAGGCGCUUGCGUGCUCUCACUGUGAUUUUCACAGUGAGAGCACGCCAGCGUCCAUAGGAAAGCAUUGUAAAUGUUUUAAUGGAGGCUGAAUGCGCGCUGCAGCUCUUGCCGCGCUGCGCAUUCAGCCCAGGAGGAGGAACGGAGGAGGAGAGAGAAGGAGGACAGCCUCAGCGCUGGAAAAAGGUAAGUUAUUACCCCUUUCCCCCUUCCAGAGCCGGACGGGAGGGGGUCCCUGAGGGUGGGGGCACCCUCAGGGCACUAUAGUGCCAGGAAAACGAGUGUUUUCCUGGCACUAUAGUGGUCCUUUAAAGAUAGUAAACAUAUGUGAGGGACCUUGGUAAUAGACUCUUUGGGAGGUGCAAUACCAGCAUUUUAAAUUAAUUGUCUCUUUACAGUUAGUGGAGAGCAAUUCCUAUGUGUAAUGGCAUGGUGUGUAAGUCCAUCUGUAUCAAGUUGUGCCCGACAGCCUCCGCUCUCCUGUUUGUACUCACCCGAUCCCUUCUGGGCUCCUGGUGCAUACCUCAGGGGUCCUCAUCACCCGGAACAUCAGGGGCAAGUGUCUGGCUAAGCGCCAGGUUACCGGCUUAUGGUGAGAAGAGUUUGUUACGUCGGGUGGUUGGUGCCGCCCGGUGGGCUGGGUGUCUCAUAUCUGGUGCGGUUUUGGCGCGGCUUGAGGCGUAGGUGGGUGCUGUAGCAGGCUCUGCAUGUCGAUUUGUGUCUCCGAUCCUUUCUUCGGCGCCUUUUUAGAGGACCUAUAGUAGCUGUUGGUCUGUGUCCUCCCCUGGGGCCCGUAAGCACAUGGGGUAGUGGCUCAGGAUUAGCCCGCUUGGCGUUAGCUGUAGUCAGUGCCCUCUCAAAGACUCUGGCCCAGAAGGCUGUAAGGAUUGCAUCCAGCUUGGUCAGUGUGCUGUUCAGCCGCUCCCUGCAGUCCCCCAUAUUUUCCAUCUUGCUUGUAGUGUCUGCCAUUUUGGGGUCGGUGACUCUAGGAGCCUGGAUAUGUGGAUCAGCGGAGGGUGAGCUGCUGGUGCCGGUAUAUCUCUUACCGGCGGCGGGGGGGGAGGGGGAAGGCUCAUGGGUGGUCCACCACAGUGUUUGUAUUGGCUUUCGGGGAGUCCCGGACUGGGUGAUCGGCCACCUCACCCACGCCCUUACCUCCGCCUAGGCCUCUAGUCAGGCUUGCUGUUGCUGCAGUAUGCCCCAGUGAUGCAGUCCACAUUCUCGGUGGCUCAGCGUUACAGCAGUAGUCUGUGUGAUCCAACUUGCAGCCCCUUCCAGGAUAGUGCGUUUUGAGUGAGAUUGUAGCAUAAGAGCCAAGUUUGUUUCGCUUAAAGUGGGAUUUCAGGCUGGAUCUCAUGCUACACAGGUCUGCUCAGCUCCACAGCCAGGCCCCGCCCCCCAGUAACAGCAAUUUGACCAUGUUAAGUUGGUUAGUGUGAGUUCGACUUGGCUGAAUAAUUCUGUAUCCCAUUGCUUUCCUCUUACACAAAUAUUUUUGCUGGAUAAUGAGGAGGGGAAUUUCCUCAUUAUGUCUUCAUUGGAUGUGGUGGGCGUAUGAUACUGUAGAAUGUCCAAAUGUUUGACAGAAAGAAAAAAGAUAGUAUUAAUGGUGCUUGAGUGUCCUUGAAUAUGUGGUAUGAUCUAAUAGUCUUAAUUAAAAUGAGAAUGAAGUAUCAUAUAACUUUUAAUUGCAUAUAAAAAUCUAUUGGUGCAUUUAAUGUACCCAUUUUCUGGCUUAAAGGGACACUGUAGGCAUUGUAACUAGCUAUAAUGUCUGGAGUCCACUGGCGCCAUCCUUCCAUUCAGUAUGAAAACAUUUUUAAUGAGGGUGUUGUUAAAAGAAUGCCAAAAGACCACUUUCAGCCUAUCACAGCCCUGCUAUGAUUAUGGCCAGAAGACAGUAUGUGACCUCUGCCUUAGCCAUAGCUCCAGUAGGGACCAGGCUAUGAUGUAGCCAAGGGCAUCUCAUUCAUUGCUACUUUAAAAUGGUUUAGCACUGAAUGGAGGGACAGCCCCAGAAGAUUCCAGGUGCUGUCUAACUCAAUUUAUGAAAUGGUUAUAGUGCUUGCAGUGUCCCUCUAAGAAUACAUUCCUUACUCCUAAUUUUGCAGCAAUGCAUAUAUCCCAAAACCUUUUUAAAUGCUUCUACUAUAUCAGUCUAUUGCUGCUGGAAAGGUAUUGCUGGUAUCUGCAACUGUUUGUGAAUAUGUUCUGGCAUAACCGCUUUAUCUUUGCAAGGGCAUAUUUUGACUUUAUAAUCCUACUUUUAUUUAUUUUAUCUAAAAAAAAAAUCAUAUAUAUAUAUAUAUAUAUAUUUAUAUAUAAUAUCAGCAAUUCGAGUCACUCAAUAUAUAAGGUACAUAAUUUAGUUUAUUUGCAUGACAGAUCAUCUUUACAUUUUUGUUUAUGCUUAAAUCUGUGUUUCAAAAACUAAAACGUUGUGUUAAUUUUUUUUUUUUUUCCCCCUCUCUCUGAAGCAAAACGUAACACUAGAGGCAAUAUUACAGGUAUGUAUUAAAACUGCUAUGUCUCAUAGCCUCACAAUUUUGCUUAUUUGCAUCCUGUAGUUUUAAUGUGAUUUGUGUUGUCUAAUUUACAGAAUGCCACCAGUGAUAACCCAACAACCCAGCUGAGCGCUGUUCAGGCAGCAAGGUAAUCUACCAAGAUUUCUAUUUAAAUGUUUACAUUCAGCUGUAUUUCUUCUAUAUGAUAUAAAUGUAACAAUGACAGUCCACAUUUUUUCUAUUUGUCUGUUUUUGUUAACAUUCAGAACACUUGGUGUUCAGUGCUAUUUGUGUUAAACUGAAAACGUACUAUUUCUGCCUCUCUCAAAAGUAACAUUUAGAACUGUGUUCCUAUUUUACUUAAAGGGACACCUUAAGCAACAUCACUACCUGCUCAUUGCCUAGGUUAUGGUGUCUUUCUCUAUGUAUGCUUAUUACUUGUUGCAUACAACUGCAGUGAUUUGCAAAAUUUAGCUGUAAGGCAAUUCUCUUGCUCUCUGACAGCAAACAAGGUAUCUGUACUUUUCAUUUGACCGUACAAAUAAUUGUACAUUGUGCACAUGCUGUUUACUCGCAUGACAUGACAGUCAGAUGCUGCACAGCUCCAUUCACAAAACUGGCCCUAGCCAACUAUAGCCAUGUUGAUAUGAUUGUAAAAAUCACAUCGAAAAAGAUUUAGGUCCUCCAAUUGUGCAACUAAAAUUACAUUUAUCUGCCAAGCACUAAAUGAUGCAUCUCCCACUACUUGAUUAUGAGUUGUGUACUUCUUAACCUCUUAAGGACCAAACUUCUGGAAUAAAAGGGAAUCAUGACAUGUCACACGUCAUGUGUCCUUAAGGGGUUAAAGCGGUAGUACAAUCUCCAUUACAACUUAUUAUAGUGGCUGUGGUGCUAAACAUCUGAGGGCUCCAUCCUUCGAUAUUUUUUCUUACCCCUCACCCCAUUCCAGUCUCCCCAAGUCUAUUUUUAAGACGUUUGAAAAAAAAUAGGUUCACCCAGGUGCUUUUACAGGCUCUCUGAUAAUGAAGAGCCUACACUGUAGGCUUCUUUAAAAUACAAUUUUAGUCUUUUCCAACAUUUUAUGCUUCUCCAACUUCUAUUUUAUCACAAUACAUUAAUAAACUGUGUGUCUAUAUACCAUUUAAAAUGUUUUUCUAUCUUCUCUGAUUAAGGCUAUAUGACUGACUUUUUUUUUUCCCCCUCUUCCAGAAAGUUGUUAUCCAGUGACAGAAACCCUCCGAUUGAUGACCUUAUAAAAUCUGGAAUUCUGCCAAUCUUGGUGAAGUGCUUAGAGGCUGAUGAUAAGUAUGAAUGGUUACAUUUUCUUAUUCCUAUAGUGAACACUUUAAAUGUAUUUUUGUUAAUUUAAAUAUACAUUUUGUAAAAGCAGACCUUUACGAGAAUGUUACUCCUGAAGUAAUCUAUGAAUUGGGUUGUCACUGAUAUUCCUUAAACUAUUGAUCAGUAGAGAUUGAAAAGAAAAAAUGUUUUUGUAAUGUAUGGUAAAGCACUGUGGACUCUAUCAAAACUUUGCAAGUUUAUCGCUACAUCUCUUUUGACUGUAAACUAAAACAAGAGCAACAUAUUAGUAACUACGUAACUAAAAAUCUAAAUGUAGAUAUACUGCAUUUAAUCAGGCAGCUGUCUCAAGCAGCCAUUAAUGAACUCACGCCAUCACCAGAGAGACUUUGCCACACGUCACUUAAGACCUAAUCUGCCUGUAAGGCCAGUUCAGGUCCAAACUGCCAGUCAGCCUCCUCUGCAUCAAAUACACCAUUUUUUGUUUUUGUUUCCCUCCUCUUCUGUUCUAGCUGGCAUUGAGAUUUAUUUAUGCUACCGAAGAGUUUAUUUUGUAUUAAAAAUACAACAUGAAGCAAAUACUUUGGUGUUUAUUUACUUUCCAUAUCUGGGUCUUAUUUAUGGGGCCUGUCUGAUAUUCUUCUUUUGUAAUGGCACUAAUGAGAGAACUUAUUUAUGGAUACAAUAUUAUUUUUAUUUUUUUUAAAUAUAGUUUAAGGCAUGAAAAAAACUAGUACAAAUACAUGUUUAUUCAACACUUCAUAUCUUGGUUCAGUCAGUGAGGAUAGGGCUUACAGGUAUUUUGAGACCCUAAGUGGUUACCAUUGCACAGAGCAAGUUGCUACUUGUUUAUCCUUUGCAAGGUUUUCUUUUUUUCUUAUAGUUUUGGUUUCAAUAGAUCUACUUCAAAUUAAUGUUAAAACCUAUGUUUUCAUCACUGUAGCAUAGACUUUUUUUAUUACAUUUGUUUUUGGUUAAAUUCAUUCUGAAGUUUUUAUUCACUAAUUUGUGACCAGGAUUUUUUUUUUAACACUUGCUUUUUGUGACUUUUUUUUCCCUUCUCUUUUUAGUCCUUCUUUACAGUUUGAGGCAGCAUGGGCACUUACCAACAUAGCCUCGGGCACAUCUGCACAGACACAAGCAGUGGUUCAGUCAAGUAAGUCUGUCUAAAUGGUGUCUGAUCACUGAAUUGUGGUGAAUGGGAAACUAAACGUGCUAAUAUAGCCAAGCUGGGAAUAUAGCGGAUUUAGGAAAGUUCUUAGUGGGUUUUUUUGAGAAUUUAUAUAUAUAUAUAUUUAUUAUUCGAUGACCACUUAAGUAGCUGUUUUAGUGAAUACCAUUAACAGUUUCCAUAUAUGGACAAGUGUUAUCGGGUAGCAGUAUUAAUUAAAAGCAUCCUAGUGCAUUUUGAGACAAAAUCCAAAUAGAAUAUUGAACUGUUAACCAAAUUUAAUUUAUAUCAAACGAGUUGCUCUUAAUGACCACUUAAUUCUGUUCUGCUAUUUUCUUGGAUGUUCCAGCACUUUAGUGUGACUUACAAUGAUAGAAUAGUAGUAGAAUAAUUUAAGACGGUAGUCCUAUUUAUAAAGCUCCAACUUAUUCCCCACUGCUGUACAAUCAGGAAAAAUGGACAGUGCAGAUUAGACAAACAAAUAUAAGGGAAUAGAGGACUCUGCACCCCAUGAUCAGAGAUCAGCUAUUUACAGCCGUUCUAAAGCAGAGGGCUCGUGAGCUUACAAUAAAAAGCAUUAUGAUAUGGGGACUUGAAACAAGAGGGAGCAGGGGAACAUUUUGAAGAUUAUGGACGGAGAGCCUAGAGCAUAGACUGCUUAGAUGUGAUUAAGGAAGAGGCCAAACACCUGGAAAGGCAUGCUAUAAAUGAAGCCGAAAGUAGAGAGAGGGGAAAAGGUGGAGUGUGUGUGUGAGAGAUUGCUUGUAGUGGAUAUAGAAAUGUGUAUGAGACCUCUAGAUAUAAUAGAAUUUAGAGGGAACAGGUUAAUGUAUGUACUACUGGGGAAAAGAAGGGCAGGGUAAGAACAAAGGAAGGGACACACACAAAUAUGUGGUCUAAACUUCAAAUGUUAGUCACACAUAUUCUGUUUAAAAAAAUUAUCGCAUGUAUUAAAUGUUGUGCAACUACAGUUUUAGUGAAUGUAUGUAUUAUGCAUCUGGAUAAGACUGUCCCAUAGCUAAUAACGUCUUGAGCACUAGCCAGAAUUGUUUGUUUUGAUGUCAGAAGGCCUGGCACACCAUGUGACCAUGUUUAUUAUUCACGUAGAUGCUGUACCUCUGUUCCUACGACUUCUCCAUUCCCUGCAUCAAAAUGUAUGUGAACAAGCAGUUUGGGCACUUGGAAAUAUAAUUGGUAAGUAUGACUAGUCUAUUGGACAACAAACAGAAUUAUAUAUAUAUAUAUAUAUAUAUAUAUAUAUAUAUAUAUAUAUAUAUAUAUAUAUAUAUAUAUAUAUAUAUAUAUAUAUAUAUAUAUAUAUAUUUUUUUUUUUUAAAUGAUUAGUUCAGUAUUCCAUUGGCACGUAAAUGUGCAUUCAUGUUUGACUAGCUGUGAGUCAAAGCAAAAACAAACUCUGCUACUUCCUAAAGGCAAACAUAAAUGAAGUGUGACCUCACGAUAACAUCUGACAUUUGUUCUUUUUAUACCGCUCCUAUGUAGGGAUGAUUACAAAUACAGAAUUAACAUUAAUUGGAUCUAGCUGCCUGCUAAUGAUAGUGGUAAUGACAUAUUAGAAAUUGCUGAACUGUUUUAAAAGCAAUGUGUAAUAUCUAAGGCUAUAGUACCUUUCUAACUAGUUAGGUGACGCAUGCAUACGUUCACCCAUUUGUAUUAAAAAAAGCCAUAUUCCUUACAUUUUCUCCCUUGCAGCUCCAGGCUCAGCAGGGAAGCACUGAGAGAUUAGUCCUCAUGCAUGGCAAUACACGCUGCGCCACUCAAAUGGUAUCUGAUACCAUCUGACUGAAAUAAGUUUCACUUGGUUAUUUGGACGGAUCAUGUUAAAAACAAUGGUUCCCCCCCAAAAAAAAAUGUCAGUGCACUGUGUAUACACUUAAAAAUAUCAAUGCAUUGUACAUAUACUUGCUUAUGCUUCAAUUAUGUAGACAACACAGCUUGCAAAUAAUACAUAGAAACAUAGUACAAAACUGUCAAAUGAAAAAUGUGUGAUAUUGUAAAGAAAUUGGAAUUUCACUCACAAAUGUGGAGUGGAUUUCUGUACCAGUUUCAACUUUCAGGCACAGGUAAGAUCAAUACUUUGUGUUUGUUGAAUCCACUGUAUUCCUUUUAAAGGACUUGCCAUCAGUCAAGCCGGAUCUUUAACACCUUUAUUAAGCAAAAGUCACAAAUUAUAUUGUCGUGCUUUCCUUUUAAGGGUAAGACGUCUGUAGCAGUUUCUGCCCUUGGAAUCGCUUCUUCACAUCAUUGCAUUGACACACAAAAGUACGAGCGCACCAUUGUUUUUAACAUUAUCAUGUAUAUUGUUGCCAGUAAUUUUAAUAUUUGAUGCACUUUGAUCACUUGAUUGAAUGGUGACAUUAUUCUGUUAUUUGAGCACUUGCAGAAGCGCAAAUUAUAUCCAAGGAUUGAUAUAAUCCUUUGCCUUCAUAUGUAUUCAUUCUUUUCCCCAUAAAAUCAAGUUACAAUCGGGUUGCUGGUAUGCUGUAUAUUUCCAAAUUUUUAUUUCUUCAUUUUUCUUCCCUGCCCUGUCAGCAUCAUUGAUAAAAAGAUUUUUCCCCCAUUUUAUUUUUAUAAACUCUUCUUGCGUCUGUAGGUGACGGCCCCCAGUGUAGAGAUUACGUCAUCUCACUUGGAGUUGUCAAACCGCUCCUGUCGUUCAUCAACCCCUCCAUCCCCAUCACCUUCCUCCGGAACGUCACAUGGGUCAUUGUCAAUCUUUGCAGGAAUAAGGAUCCCCCACCGCCAAUGGAGACUGUCCAGGAGGUAACUAAAAUUAGCAAAGAUAUUGAGAACAAUUAAUUCACUUUUUGUAUGCAAAUCUGGUUUUGUAAAUUUGGUUCUGUAUCAAGUGGCAUUUUUUUCGUCAAGAAACCUUGAACAUAAGUAUUUUGAGUACAUGCCUAUCUCACACAGUUUUCUCAGUGGGAAGCUAGUCCUAGGCUGUGAGUGUCAGUUCAGCCUAUUACCAACGCCCAGUCUAAGGUUUCCUCAUUGAAGCUGAGACUUAGCUGAAGGAAAAUGGGCAAAGCAGACAAACGCCGUCUAUACAACUUUGGUGUUAAACAAUUUGUAAAUGGUUUAACAUUUUACGGUAACACUGCAGCGAGGGCCUCAAGACAACAUAGCAACUUCAUUAAGAUAAAGUUGGGAGAGUUCAUUUAAUAUGCAAAUGCAUGCGGUUUUUUUGGUUUUGAAACUUCAUUUUUAUUAUGAAUCUUAUCAAUGUAAUUAACCAUAUCUGACAAAGAAUGAAUAGUAAUCAGUAUGAAGUUAAGCAAGAUCGUAAUAUACAAUACAGCAUUCAACACUCAAACAUUUUGAUGAUAAAAUUCUCAAUAUCAAAUUAAAAGUAAUCCUAAUCUGUGAAAAUUGAACCACCUCCUGAUCUAGUCCACUCCAUUGCCCAUCCCUUUGUCCUCUCCUCGCUUUAGGAAGAGAAGCAAUUGCAUUGUGGAUUGAAGAGUUUGUAGGAGCCAUGAUCUCUUAUGCAAUAGGUGUUACUCAAUCUUGGUUUGGAAUGGUUAAUCAAACAGAGAGGCAGGGCAUUAAACCAUAAACCAAAGCUCAGAUAACAAAGAAACAAAACUAGUAAAGCCUAAAAACAAAAACGUGUGAACUGUAAUGCCCAUCCAGGUAGUGAGUAUAUGAAGGAGUAGUUGAUAUCUUUGGACAUAGUUUUGUAAAGGGUCACGACCAGCUGUGUACUCCAGGUUUGUCAAGAAUUAGUGCAAAGGUGGUGCACCCUGUUGGUUCCAGACCUGAAGGAUAGUUUAAUAUCCUACUGCUGCUAUUGUACUUGUUGUGAGUUAUUGGAUUACCUGGGAGGGUCCUCUAUAACAGAAACACAGGAUUGAGGGGUAGAGAGAAUGUUAUUAGUGUCUACAUACUGUUUUCAUUCCCUCUAAAUGGACUUAAUCGGGGUGCACUUCCACAGACAGUGAUACAAGUCCGUGUUUGUAUGUGUGCAUUUGAAAUAAGUCACUGAAUCCUUUCUAACCAGGGGAAUAAUAUACCCAAUGCGUGGUUUUUAGGAUCAUAUCUCAAUAGGAGUCAAUGGGUAGAAGUUGGCUUUGUGGUGUAGUGUGCAAUAAAGAUAUCUUGGCUUAUAUCAGGAAAACUUGCCUUCCAGUGCCCCAAGCCUGUCUCUAUCGUGGUCCAGUCUGAUGUGUACCGCAAGAGUUUAUAUAAUUUUGCUAUGGAGUAGAAAGCCAGGUUUUAUUUGCAUAAGUGUCCAAGGGAUUAUCCCAAUCAGCAGGUGUAAAGUGUUAUGAUUUGGAAAUAAUGUCGCACAAUGGCAGUGGAAGUCCUAGGAAACGCUCCCUGAAGUUCUCAAAUGAGAGCUUUUGGGCUGUUAAAGUCCACGGAAGUACAUUUUGUGUUGACCAUGUUGUGAAGGGAUGGUGAUUAUUUCCAUCCUUAAGUUGUGAUUUCAAGAUAGGGUUGUUUGGAGAGAGUAUAAAGUAUUGGCUCCCAAUCUGGAACUUGAUCAUUUUCAAACCGUAAUAGGAACAGUUACCAGAGGGCUUGUGAGGAUAUCACAUGAAAGGAGGUUAUGUAGUCUGAGGAGAGCUGGCAGUAAGUUUGGCAACAACAGGAAGGACUCCAAGGUUAGCUCUGAAAAUCUUUGUUUGAAACCAAUCCACUGCAUGUCGAAGUUCAGCCACCAAGCUAUAUUCCCUAGCGUUUGGGAGGUUAAGUCCACCUUUUUCUUUUGAUUUUUGAUUGAUUUUAGUUUAGUGAAACAAGCUCUCCGCCCUUUUAUUCAGAAGGCAUUUGUCUUUUUAUUUUUGGAAAGGAGAAGUGGGAGUACCUGUAAGAGAUAUAGCCGGUUUGGAAAGCUAAUUUAUAUAGAUGAGAUAUAUAUAUGUAUAUAUAUUGCAAUUUUUGCCGUUGUUCUAGUUCUUUAAAAAUAAGUGUAAACAUCUGGGAAUACUCAAUUUGUAAAGGGAUUGAGAGAUUUUAAUCCCAAUGUAUUUGAAAGCUGUUGGAUGCCAUGAUAAAGGUUGAGUCCACUAGAUUUGGAGCUAUUGAUCUAGAGUUCUGCCUUGUCAUGGAAAGUCUCAAGCAGUUCAAGGAAGGGUGGUAGUGACAGGGCAGAUUCAGUUAUCUAUAUCCUUGGAGGUCAUCAGCAAAGGCCAAGACGCUCUAGGUGGUGUCGCUCAUUGGGGUGCUUCUUAACACCUGUAGAAAACCUAUUGCUUGUAAUAAUCGAUCUAUGGCUAAAUUUAAUAGUAAUGGUGAUAGGGGGCAUCUGUGCCUUACCCCCUCUUUCCAUGGAAAAGUACGGGGAGUCAUGGCCAUUUGUGCUAAUACAAGAGGUUGGAUUAUGUUGAAAGAAAUUAACGUGAGAGGCGGGCCUGAUUGCCAUGCUGUGCAGACAUGGUUUUCCAGAGCUCUUGACUCAAACAUACUGCUUUUGUGCCUCAAAAUAGCUGAUCUUGUCAUCCAGUCAGGUCUGCUGCUUCCUGAAACUGCUGUGCUACCUCAACUGUUUCUCAGUUCUUGUUACGCGCCUGUUUUCACUGUGCCUCAGUGACUGUGGCGAGGGAGGCGGCCGAUCCACAAGCUUAAGCGGAGCUGCUUGCCGCAGCAGGGAGCCAUUGGAAACCUGAUUCUCUUCCUUGGAGGCUAAGUUCGAUAGACUAUGCAACAGUUUCUUGGAGGCCCUAGCUCAACAGGGUACACUAUUGGACAGACCUCCCGGGCCCAGUGCAGCUCACCAAACUGCAGCGAAGUGAAUGGCCACCACUUGUUCAGGCUAGUUGGGUGCGAACACCCAGAUCACCAGCGGGUCAGGGAAUACCCUUUCUACUACAUGCACUGAUCAGGGGGGCCCACCUGUCCUUCAGCAACUGAGCAAAUUCUCACUUCUUCUGGGCAGACUAUACUGUGGGCUACACAACACCGUACCAGUAAAUUGUGGGUUCCUGCGAGAAGUGGAUCCUGGCACCAGCCUGCUGUCUCUUUCUACCAACCAAAGUGAGGUUGAAUAGCUGCAUAUUCCAACUCAGUAGGAAGUAUACAGUUUAGCAAUUCGUAUUCUAGGAUGUAAUCUCUGCAGCCCACAAGUUAAACAUUGCAUACACAAGAAAUAGUUUUUCACUAUUUUCUUGUCGCCCUCAGUGGAAAAAUAUAUCUGCAUUUACUUUUGUUCUAUGCUACUAGACUAUCCACUAUGUAAUUCACAGAAUGAGAUAGUUAUAUGCUAGCCUUAAUUAUACCAUGGGAUUUGUAUGAUUCUCACUGCUAUGUUUAAGUAUGCUGGUAUUUAUUUCCACUUGUAUUAAAAUCUCAUCUCAAUAAAAAAAAAGUGUGCCCAGAUUAACGCAGUUUCAAUACUCUGAUUAGGUGUUGCCAAGUGAUACUAUCAAAAGCUUUUUCUAUCUCGAGACUGAGGAAUGAGGGGGAAGCAGAGCCAACUCUCUCCCUAGUGGCUACCGCCACCAGUACCCUCUGGACUGCAGUAGCUGCCUGACGUCCCACCACAAAGCCCAGCUGAUGUGCAGUGAGCACCUGGGGUAGGAAUGUCUGCACUCUCAGUGCAAUGAUUUUAGUGAGGAGUUUAAGGUCGUGGUUGAGUAAGGAUACUAGACUAUAUGAUGCCAGGGCCACUGUGCCUGGUUUUGGAAGAACGGUGCAUGCUUUAUUAAGCAUGUGUUUCUGGAGUUCCUACAAAUAAAUUUGAAAAGGGCUUUGAGGGUAGUGCUGUUCUGUUUCAGGAGUUUAUAAUAUUUGGCAGCAUAGUCAUCUGGACCUAGUGCUUUUCCAGAUUCAAGGGAUACAAUGGCUUUAUGGAUCUUUCAGUAAUGGGUUAAUUAAGGUGCUCCCUAGAGUCUUCAUGUGAGCUAAUUGUAGGCUUUUGUGGAAGGCCAUACCCUGAUCAUGGUUGUCUGUUGGGUUCAUAAGUUGUCUAGAGUAAGAAAACUUUAUUGAUGGUUUCAUGAGACGCAAGUCUAUGAUCCUCAGGGUCAACAAUCGCAGUUAUGGGUUUGAAUUUAUUUCUAGAAUUUGCCAUGCAAACUAGCAGUUUCCCAGACCUUCCACGUCAAUUAAAAAAAAAGUGUUGCAUUUGGAAAUCUAAUUUGGAUUGUGCAUGACCCUCAAGUGUUCAGAGUAUGCUUACUUAUGCAGCAGGAUUCCCACUGCUCUGGCCUUGGAGUUGUAUUUAACCACUAUACAAGAUUAAAUCCACAGAGCUAUAAGUUGGGUAGUAGCUGAUCAGUGAGUUUCCUACAGGAAAUGUGGUUGGUGUUAAAUAAGUAAGAAUUUCCUUUCUUUUGUGUUGGCCCACUUUAAAUUUCAGGACACAAGCUAGAGUAGAUUUAAGGGUUGUCUGGUAGACAUCUCUCAUCUCUGAAGUGAUGUAACAUAGGGUUAUAGAAAGGAAAGGAACUCUGUCCAUCACAGCCCAUAGAGGCGCAAAGUCAUUAGUAGGCAUGGGGCUUCUGGGAAUCCCGCACCUAAAAGGCCAUCUGACCCAAACUAUAUACAAAAAACGAAACUGAUGAAUUACAUUAUUUUGAAAUCAUUGCUCUUCUCGAACAGGUGAAGAGUGGAACGAAUGGAUCGCCGAGACAGUCUCCCAGUCUGGUACUACAUUAUUUAAAACCGUUAUGGUGGCAAUUUGGAGUGCCUAGCAUCCAGGUUUAAAUAAUAGAAAUUAUAUCACCUGGUUUCAAGGAUUUGGGAGAGGCCACAAAUCUUCUUAAAAUGUUUUAGAUAGUCCAAUUUUUCUUCUUGAGAUAUUAAAGGGACACUAUAGUCACCAGAACUACAGCUUAAUGAGGUUGUUCUGGUGAGUAUAAUCGCUCACUUCAGGCAUUUUCAUGUAAACACUGCCUUUUCAGAGAAAAGGUAGUGUUUACAUUGCCCCUAGGGACACCUACAAGUGGCCACUCCUCAGAUCGCCAUUGGAGGGGCUUCCUGGCUCAGGGCUCUACAGUAAGCAGCCCUGCCGUUCAGCGUCUCCGUGCUCUGCAAGGGGGACGCUGAAUUUUCCUUAUAGAGAUGCACUGAUUCAAUGCAUCUCUAUGAGUAGGUGCUGGUUGGCCAAAACAGUGUUUGCCCCGCCCCUUGACGAUUUUAGCCAAUCCAUUGCAUUGGAUUGGCUAAAAAUAGGCAAUGUUGAUGUCACCAAGGGGGUGGGGCGAGUGCUGGCGGACCCGUGGAGAGCUGAAAAUAAGGUGAGCUUUAACCCGUUCUGAGGAGGUCAUGGUGGGUUUUCACUAUAGGGUCAGGAAUACAUGUUUGUGUUCCUGACCCUAUAGUGAUCCUUGAAGGUAUUUUGUUUGUCAUAUUAUGGAUUGCAGUUGGUUUAAUUAGUCUUCAGUUGUACUCUGUCUAGUUUCCAGCAUAGUAAUCUGUAAUUAGCGGGUUUGAAGUCUAUGGACAACAAUAUCAACAGCAAAUGCAAAACGUGAUUUGUUGCCCUCGAUCAGUGGUGCUGUGUGAUAGAGCAGCAUGAAAUUCUGGAUUUAUUAAAAUUAUAGAUAUAAAACAAUUAAAAGAACAAAUCCCUUUUAGAUGAAUUCUCUUGAGUUAUGAGAAAGUACUUUUGUUUCUUGGUAAUAUCGUAAUAUGUCCAGUUUAUCAUCAGAUUUUUUUUAUAUUCUUAAUCAAAUAAGUAUUUCUUUUAUGUCAGUGUUUGCGUUUUUUUUUGUUUUUUGUUGUAUGAAACAAACUGGUAGAGAACACAUUUUAAGCUUGAGUGAUAUAAUUGUGUUCCUGUUAAGAAUGUUCAAUAAUGUAAUGCUGAGAUAAUUGCACAUGAUCCAGGUUUGUGUGCCUUGGAUACAGCACUGGAACGUGAUUGAUAGUGAGUUUUAAACAGUCAAGGUUAAUCCUUGUUGCUAAGACUGGAACAGAAAUAAUCCGUGCUAUAAAUAUCUUUAUAUACAUCCUUCACUUCGAGUGAGGUACAAUAUGUCUGCACUCUUUCUGACUAAUCCAAACCUGGACAAUACCUUGUGGUGCUGGUUCACUUUUAAGCAAUACAUUCCAUUUUCUGUUUGUUUUUUGGGGGGGAGUUUUUAAUAUGCAUUUUGUGGUCCAACUGGCUACCUUACGUUCAGCAUGCCUGUUGUGAACUUCUGUUCCCAUAAUCCUCUGUGGUUGUAAGUCAGAGUCUCAUAAAUAUAAGUGUGUGUGUAUUUAUAUAUAAAAUAUUUAAAGGUCUGUUUGUGAUCCAUGAUUUCUGGUAUACACUUUUCUGGAUGUUUUACAGUCGUUGGUUUAAUAUAUUUUACAAAUUUGCCUUAAAUUACACAUAUGUUCUUUAGACCUAUAAAACAGAUAUUUUUCAGGAAGGCCUUGAUAGGCAAAUAUUAUCUAAAAUGAUUUUUAGCAUAACUGUCCUAAAUAUUCUUUCCAUGUAGGUUUAUUGUAGCUGAGAGUGGGGUGGGAAAAUAAGCAACGGGUCAGUGUUAUGUUAAUAUAUUCUGUUUGAAUUGCUGCAACCAUUAAACUGGAGCUUUUUGGUUUUUUUAGAUAUUGCCGGCACUGUGUGUGCUCAUCUAUCAUACAGAUAUUAAUGUAAGUGUGAACAUCUUUUUUUUAUAACAUAAGUUUUGUUUUAAAAUAUACAUAAGUUAAGACACUUGGGCAGUGUUUUAUUACGUGCAGUAACUUUAUUCAAAUGUAGAAUAAUCAUGGAGUUAGGCAACAUCUGUAACCCAGCAGAUGAAUGAAGAUUUAUUAAAACUUAAUGUAUCCUUCCUGAUUAGAUAGAUUUCUGUAUAAGGUACCUUAUGUUUUAACUUUUGGCUAGUUCUGCCUUGAACAUUUAAAUGAAAAUGUAAAACCAGCACAAGCAUUUCUAAACAUGGACUAAUUAAUGCUUUGCUGGCGUUCAUUAUACAGAUUCCAUAUUAAAGCUCUUGGUCUGCCCCAUUUUAAGAGAAUUGCGGUUUAAAGCAGAAUAGAUGUAACUGUUAUUCUGCUUGCUUGUACACAGUGUUUUUUAUUAGCAGGUGCACUGCAAGCACCAUAACCAGUACAGAUUAUUGUAGUGGGUAUUGUGCUGGGAGGCAAUGACUAAAGUCCCCUGGCAUGUCAAACCAUUUUCAAGAGGUUUGACAAAAAAAGCAAUCACUCUGCUGGGGAAACAAGAGUGGAGUGACUUCAAUCAUAACCAUCUAUUCUUUAUAGAGUUGGGAUUUAACUGACCUUUUUGAGCCAUUUUUACUUUCGCUAGUAAUGCUUUAAAUUUUAUAUAAAGAACUAGCAAAAGCAAUUGUCACCGAUGCCUGAUCUAGUAGGACAUCUACAGGUCUUCACAUCUGUAGGCAUCCUUUGCAUAUUGUGAAGUACGGUUUAUUAAACCUAGUUGAGUUUGUUUAGUUGUAGCACCAUGGUAUGAGUAAUGGGGACAUAUUGCAGUACUAAUCUUCUUUUCCACUUUUAUUUUUAGAUUCUCGUGGAUACAGUGUGGGCUUUGUCAUACUUAACCGAUGGGGGUAAUGAACAAAUCCAAAUGGUAAUUGAUUCUGGAGUGGUGCCUUACUUAGUACCUCUUCUGAGCCACCAGGAAGUGAAAGUACAGGUAAGAUUGUUUUUUGUUUUUGUUGUUGUUGUUUCUCUUCAAGUCUGCUGUGCUUCCAGUUUGGCUACUUUGACCGUAAAUUUGAAAUUAAGUUUGAAUUCCUUACUUUAGUGAAUUACCCAGACAGCAAUUCCAACUAUUUAUUUUUUGAUUGUGCAGCAAUUUUAAUGGGACACUUCAUAUGAAAAUCUCAGACAUUGCUGCUUCAACGUGCAGAAUCAAAUUGUUCAGGUUCACACAUCCUUUAUCUGUGUUGGGGUUUUGUGGUUUUAUGAAUGGUUUAACCUUAAAGUUGCAAAGGCAGUGCCUGUUCGCUGUUCCCAGCUAAUUCCACUGAUCUGAAUAUUCAAUCAAGAAGCCUUGGACUGGGCAGCGCUGAUAGGCUGAAGGUGUCAACUGACGUUCUCAGCCUAUCAAUAGCUUCCCACUCCGCUAUCUUUUUCACUCAGCUUUGUCAAUGGGGAGCUGACAAUAGGCUGAGAGUCAAGGGUGCCCAGUCAUUGGUGGAAGUAGCUAGAUAGAGCUGAUGAGCACCGCCUUUGCAACUGUUUAGUCCCUUAACAUUAGAUGGCAUCUGGGACCGCCUGGCACCAUAACAGCUUGAUUUGAGAUGUAGUUGUAAUGAUGCCUGGAUUGCUGCUUUAAUGACAUACAUGCAAGGCAUUGAGAAACACUGUACCACAAAUUAACUUGUAUGGCAGCCGGUACACUCGAGGACCAGGGUUUUCAACGAGUAUUUGUUAGGAAUUUGUAGCCUAUAUAUUAUUUUAGUACAUACUAUUUGGUGUCCUUGAUUAAAACAAAAAGUGCCCAAAGGUGAGACUUCGUCUUCAGGCCAUGUUUUGAGGUUGUCUCCUUGGAAAUCUGUGACUUAUGCUUGCUCUUUAUGCAGUUCUGUUUAGCCUAGUUUUUUGGCACAUACAUCAUUAUAAGCUGUGGUAUCACACCUGGCUUUGUCAUCAUGCUCACUUAACUGUAUUUCUAUUUUCAGACUGCAGCUCUAAGAGCAGUGGGUAACAUUGUGACUGGCACAGAUGAACAGACUCAAGUGGUCUUAAACUGUGAUGUGCUGUCUCAUUUCCAAAAUCUCCUGUCACAUCCUAAAGAGAAAAUUAACAAGGUAAUGAUUUGCUAGAUUAGCGAAAUUAAGCUGAAGGCCAGAAUGUUUUUUUGUGUUUUUUUUUUUUUACUUAUUACAGGUCCUCCUAACCAUUCAUUUUAAAAAUGUAGAUAAUGGCUUAAAGUGCAUUUUUUUGUUUUUAGUGCUUUACCUAGCGCUACAAUUUGAGUUUUUUUAGGAAGGUUGUGUAUGUAAUUCUCUAAAGUGCAGCUCUUGGCUUUUGCAACAAGUGACAAAUCUCCCACCUGCUUUCAUAUAAAACAAGUGGGGGCCUCACAAUAAAGAGAAAAAUGUCAGAAGUAAAAGGGAGUGACUGUAACAUGUCAGAGAUUAAAGGACCACUAUAGUGCCCUGAGGGUGCCCCCACCCUCAGGGUCCCCCUCCCGCCCGGCUCUGGAAGGGGGAAAGGUGUUUAAACUUUUUUCCAGCGCUGGGCGGGGAGCUCUCUGCCUCCUCUCCUCCUCCGAUCCUCCUCCUGGGCUGAAUGCGCACGCGCGGCAAGCGCUGCGCGCGCAUUCAGCCGGUCGCAUAGGAAAGCAUUUACAAUGCUUUCCUAUGCACACUGGCGUGCUCACUGUGAAAAUCACAGUGAGAAGCACGCAAGCGCCUCUAGUGGCUGUCAAUGAGACAGCCUCUAGUGGCUUUGGGGGAAGGCUUAACCCAUUCAUAAACAUAGCAGUUUCUCUGAAACUGCUAUGUUUAUUAAAAAAUGGGUUAACCCUAGAAGGACCUGGCACCCAGACCACUUCAUUAAGCUGAAGUGGUCUGGGUGCCUAGAGUGGUCCUUUAAAUUCCUCCACCUGGCAUGUUUACGAAUGGCAACAUAACCCUUGCACUCAAUUUAUAAAGUUUCACACAAAUACAGGGAUCCUUCACGUACACAAAAUAGACUCCUGCAUUCACACACUCGGUUACAGUUAAUUCUACAGACAGAGCAGGUCUUGCUCACAUCCUUGGAAAAGUGUCUAUUAAUAUGUAUAUAGCUUAGUUUAAUAUACAGUAUAACCUUCGACUAGUGUCUUGUUUUAUCAGAUAAAAGCUAGAAUAACUGCAUGGCCCUUGAUUGUGCUUGGAUGCAAAUGCCUAUUCCUGUAUGAAACUGCAUCGUAACUGUACAUUUUAUGUUUUUGGUUUUUUUAUUCCCUAUCUUGCAGGAAGCAGUGUGGUUUUUGUCCAAUAUCACUGCAGGGAACCAGCAGCAAGUUCAGGCCGUUAUUGAUGCUGGACUUAUCCCAAUGAUCAUACAUCAGCUAGCAAAGGUAAGUCCAGGAUAGCACUGGUUGUUCAUCCUUUUCUACAGCAUAUUUUUACAGAUCUCUUGUGCACAGAACCAAUUCUUAUACUUGUAAUAUCCAUCUGUUUUUUUUUUUGGUAGGGUGACUUUGGAACACAAAAAGAAGCCGCGUGGGCAAUCAGUAACUUGACAAUUAGCGGGAGAAAAGAUCAAGUAAGAUAUACUAUAUAAUAAAAUGCAAUCCUUGGUUUGACUAGGAUUACUUCUUAAAACAAGUAGUUACACAUUUGCAAAUGUAUUCAAAUGUAAUGGUGAUUGUGCUUUUAGAGCACACUUUUAAAUUCUAGUUUGAAAAGACAAGAGUGUAGGGGUAGUCAUUGUAUAAUUAAUGUGAUUAUCCAGUAUUGCAGUUGUUGUUUAUUGAUCAUUAUUUUCAUAUAGCACAUACAUGUAGGUCCCUAAAAAGUUGUUUCUAUCUCUAUAUGCAUUGGAUGCUGACAAAGGGAAAAAAUAAAAAUUAACAAUUCUACUUGCCUUUUGAAAGUGACUGCUUUCAGUCCUUCAGAUAAUACAAGGUUGACAGGAAAUGCACUGAAUAUUUACUUGUUUUGAAUGCAUGUAAGUGUUCAGAUAAAGGAAUACACAUCUUGGCUAUAUUGCGGUGUAUAAAAUGAGUUUUCCUUUAAACAAAACCGCCCUGGUGAUCUAAGUGUGAAGGAUCUAAGGUCUUCCUUCGUUUUUUCCCAGAUUUAUUGUAGUUAUAUUGUGUAAUAAGUCUGGCACUCAUGCCUUAUUGAGUGAACAGUCCAUGCGCCAUAACCAUCAGCCCACUCCAGAGGGGGCAUCGAUGGACGUCUGACAGUCCCCAGGACAUGUUGUCAAGCUGUUCUUAAUCAGUUUGAAUACUUACAGUGGGAGAAGUAUAAAGUAAGCAGUAGGUAAAAAUAAAGCUGUAUGGAACUUCUCAUCUUUAUGUAGAAUACCUUAUUGGCAUGCAGUUCUAGUUCCAAAGUUGGGCUCAGAUUGAUAUGUAUGUGGGCCAUAUAGAUAAGCAGAUCUGAUUGCAAUUUAAAGUAAUACUUCAGCAUUCUAAAUAAUACAUCAUUUUAAAAAAUAUAUUUUUAUAACUCUGGGAUGUUGGGCAAGCUCCUGGGCUAUAAAGACCAAGAUGUGAGCCCAAUUCAUUGGAACACGGGUUGGAGUGGUUAUGAUGCUUGGAGUGUUCCUUUAAUAUCGGGUAUUAGGCCUGCUGGAUCAUGAUUUGAUGUUGGGUUUCUAAUGCAAAAGAAUACCUUUGGACUUUUAACAAAAACAACACUGAAGUACGUGUAUGUAUACAUAUUUAUGUAAUGUCCCCAAAACAUCUUUUAUGGCAAUACCCUCAAGAUGAUCUAAAAGUGACUAGUAAUUACCAAAGUGGAUCUUGGAAAUUUUUGGACCACUGAUACUCUAGUGCAGGCGAAUGCACACCAUUUUUACAUUAAAUUGAGCUUUUCAUCAGUUCUGUGACAUUGAUGCCUGUUUGUGAACAUUAUCCCUGCUGUAGGAAAAUGGCAAUUUGCUCAGUGUGAAAAUAUUCAAUAAUUUUUUUCCCUUGCAGGUGGAGUAUCUUGUGCAGCAGAACGUGAUCCCGCCAUUUUGCAGCUUGCUUUCUGUCAAAGAUUCCCAAGUUGUGCAGGUUGUUUUAGAUGGAUUAAAAAAUAUUCUUAUAAUGGCUGGGGAGGAGGCAAGUACCAUUGCAGAGAUCAUAGAGGAAUGUGGAGGUAAGCAUCAUUUUAAUGUUUCUCAAGCUACAUCAUGUAUAUUGGAGUGUAAGGAAAAUCCUUUUUUUUUUUUUUUUCAUUAUGCAGAUGCGCAUCCAGAAUGGGUUAUGUUAAAAUACCUCUAUUUGUCAGAAUAAUUGUGAUAUUUUGUGAAUUUAUUUCCUCACAAACCCCUUUUCCCACCUUCCUUAUAUGCUUGUUCCACAAACCCUUUUACAUUGUUAUUGGAUGUGGCCUAUAAUCCGAACAUGCUUUUUGUGUGAAAUAAUUUAAAGGGAAUGCUUCCUUGGUUACUUGCUGUGCACUUUUACUUUUUUAUUUUUUUUCCAAACAUCCAAGCAGCAUUCAUCACAAAUGGGUAGUUUUCCUUUCCUGUCUUACAGGACAGGUAGCCUUUAAAAGGCUAAAUAUAUAUUGCCUUAUAAAGAGCAACACCACCAUGAACACCCCAAAUUCUACCUGACCAUAGAUGAGGUCUGGUUCCUUUUUCUUUUAAGCAAAUUGUUGGUGUCAGAUGGUAGUCUGGUGGGGGGAUGAAGGGAAACUACAUAUGGGUAAACUGGACAUUAUAGCAAAAUUAUUUAUUUCAAGAUAUUAAUGCAAGCACUUGUAGUGUUGCUACAAUAAAUAUGGGAGAAGUAUAAAGUAAGCAGUAGGUAAAAAUAAAGCUGUAUGGAACUUCUCAUCUAUUGUAGAAUACCUUAUUGGCAUGCAGUUCUAGUUCCAAAGUUGGGCUCAGAUUGAUAUGUAUGUGGGCCAUAUAAAUAAGCAGACCUGAUUGCAAUUUCUGAAGUAAUACUUCAGCAUUCUAAAUAUUUUUUUUUUUUUUUUUACUCUGGGAUGUUGGGCAAGCUCCUGCACUAUAAAGACUUAGAGGUGAGCCCCAUAAAGACCACACCGAGCAAAUGCCUGGUGAUGCUUCUCAUUUGGAAGCAUUGAAUCCGGUGCUUCUCUGUUAGAAGCAUUAAUGUCGUCUUUGUGUUACAUCCGGUUAAGCAUCCUCCCAGCCGGGAAGGUGCAACCAUGUCGGUUUAUUAUAAAAGUGCCAAAAUCAUCUAACAAUGUUAACUACUACAGCACGUCUUAAAGAAACAAUAUAGCGUUGCAAACACAAAUCUGUUUUACUUAAAGUUUAAAACCGUCUUACUUACCUUUUUCCAGCGCCAAGGCUUAUCUUCCUGUCUCCUGCAACGUCAUGGAGGAGGCAUGUACUCCUGUAGUGAUAGUCCAAUCCAGACCUUAAGAUGUAGUGGUCUAGGUUACUUUAAGCAGGCUGAGAUGCUUUGCAGGGGGGAUGGGGGGUUGGUGUAUUCAUUUAACCAACAGGCUGUUAGGAACUGGUUUAUUAUGGGCAAUUCCUGUCAAAAGCGCUCUGUGAUUUCUGCUACUGUACUUGAAAUAUGGAACAAGCAAAGUAACUCAUGCUUUGAUACUCUGACGUGUAUUUAAAUGGAAUAUAUAACUGUGUAUCUAACUGCAAGCAUUAUCUGCACAUUACUCUUUUGAUAAGGUGCUUUCAACAUGUCUGUCUGUUUAUGCUUAGGUUUGGAGAAAAUAGAAGCACUGCAGCAACAUGAGAAUGAAGAAAUAUAUAAACUAGCUUUUGAAAUCAUAGACCAGUAUUUUUCUGGUGAUGACGUAAGUACUUCUGUAUUACAAAUGUGUUUAUUACAGUUUGUGUCUUUAAUCUCUACUGCCAUGUGACCAGGCUUGUAAACAACAUUUUACUAAAUUUUGGCCUUUCAUAUUCCCAGUCAGCUGAAUUUGCUUUCAGUAUGGGUUUCUAUACGAAUCUUGUAUAAGCUGAAUACUAAACUAUGAUUUUCAAUCAUGGAAUAUUGAAUUUGAACACCUGUAUUACUCCUUCUUAAAACUAUUCCCUCUGUGGUUUGAGAAGUCCUUUUGAACUAACAGGCAUUUACUUCUGUCUUCUUGCCUACAGAUUGAUGAAGAUCAGAGCCUCAUUCCUGAAGCCACCCAGGGAGGUACUUACAGUUUUGAGUCAUCAUCAAACCUUCCAACGAAAGAAUUUAACUUCUGAGUGUUGCAGUACAGCUUUUCUCUGUCCCACAAAGUAUAGCACCACCAGACAUCCAACCGUUGAAGAAACCCCAAGGCUUCAAGAUAGACACGCCUCUUCGUUUUGAUGCUUCUAAAGCAAACCAUGUAUCUGUCACUUUGCAGUUGCCAAAUGUCACACUCACAUGGACUGUAAUUGCAUAUGCAUGAUCUCGGUUUUCUUUGAAAUUCUAACAGUCCCAACUAUAUUUUUUUACCUUUUCCAUUUGGCACCAUGUGCUGACAGCCACAAUUAUUCAACAGUUUUGUUAAGAUUAUUCCAUAGUGGUGGCUUAUCAGCUUACUGUGGAAAAGUAGCUUCUAUUGAAUCUGGUGCACUGUACAUCAAGACUUUGGUAUGAUGCAUACUUUUUUUUUUCUUCUUCUUUUCUUUUUUUUUUUUUUCCCUUUUUCUUUUUUUUGGGGAAGACUUUACAGGAGUUAGUCUGCUCUGAGCCUCCAUCUUCCUACAUGGACAUUUUUCAUAUUUUGUGGAACUAUAAAUUUAAUGGAAAAAAAAAACAGGCAAGCCAAAAGAUUUCAUUCAUGAAACUGAAUAAAAGUUUAACUUGGGUGAUUUGUUGAAACACAUUAUGUUUAGAAGAAGGAAAACGACUUCUAUCUCUAAUUGGCAUUUGCUAAACUGCCUCGCGGGUUAGGGUUGGUAAAAACAAAAAAAGAGGAACUAAUUAUACAAAAUCGAAUUGCUUUGUAUUUUAUUACAUCAAGCCCUAUUUGACCACUUUAGCCUAUAUUUUCCUGCUGUUUUGGAGUAACAAGCUGUGCAUGGAAUUUACUCUGAGCUCUAGAUCCUGACAUUUAUAAACUUGAUUUCAAGCUGAAAGCAAGAGUUUCUAAAACUAAACAAUAAAUAUAGAAUAUUUUGCUAAAAAAAAAAAAAGGAACUCCUAAAACCUAUCUGGGUAGGGUGGGAAACUAAACCUUGCUUUCAACUUUUAGUGGACAUAAUAUAUUUUUGUUUUUAUCUAGGUGGACAAUUUUUAUUGGGGUCAAACUGUGGAGCUUUUCAUGUUUACUGUAAUUUAGUCUUAAACAAUUUAUACUUCGUAAUCAGUGCUUUUGAAAGUGUGGUUGACAACUCAAUAAGAAGAAACCCCUGAAAGCUUUAUUCUAAGUAACACAAGGGUUUAUUCCUAAAAAGCUUGUAAAAAAAAACAGUGACGUAAUGGUAAAAUCAAAUGGGGCAUGUUUAAUCGCAUACAUAUGUGAGGGGACAGGAGUGGGAAUCUAGGUGUAGCAAGGAACCAAGGUUCUAGUUUAAAUCUUGAGGGCCCAGUAAUGGAAUUCUAGGCGUAACAAGGAACCGAGGUUCUAGGGUCAAUCUUGAAGGCCCAGUAAUGGAAUUCUAGGCAUAGCAAGGAACCUAGGUUCAAUCUUGAGGGCCCAGUAAUGGAUUUCUAGGCCAAACAGGCAGUAUAAAUCUAGGUUCACUAGGAUAAUGAUGCAAUGCAGUUUUGCUUUUCAGCUGUACAGUGCUAUUCUAUUAACCUCCACCUAAUGUUUGUAGACCUAAAGCAAGGGUUAUUUAACUAUAAUUGGGGUUCAUGCCAUUUAAUAAAUUGUUUAGAAUCUGGUAAGAUGUUGAAAUGGUGUUACAUUGUGAAUGGCUUUGUUGCUUUCAAAAACUGAAAAUUUAUUUUGAUUGUGGUGAGAGCUUCAGUUGUCAAAGUGUCAAAGAAAGACAUGGUGCAACUGUAACAUGACGCAGUUUACUUGACGUCCCUAAAUAAUUGAUGUAAAGGGAUAGAUUAAAUUAAAACUACUAUAGUUAGCAGACUUGGGUCAUGUUUACUGUGAAAAUGAAAACAGAUUUUCAUCCAAGCCAUCCAAGCUUCGUGGAUCAGCUUUCCUUUACCCAAAUCCUUUCACUUUAUGAACUACACAGCAGAUGUGCAUUCAUUACAAUAUAUAUCUGCCAAGGUGGAGCCACUUUAAAGAGGGGGGUUUGUCUUGUAUUCCAAGAAUGAUACAAGCGUAUGUUUAAACUGCAAGAUUUUUACUUGCUAGAGAAUUUGUUUUAAUAUAGCGGUUUGGCCUCUGAUUAUUUAUAGGUUUUAUAAAUUUUAGAUUCAAUUUCUCUUUAAGGUGGCUCAAAAAGUUUUCAACUCUUGUGCACAUAAAAAAAAAAUUGAGUUGAAGUUCAUUGUGCCUUUUUUUCUUCCCCCUCUCCCCCUCCUUCAGAGUUGAAGCUUAAUAUCGUAACUGCAUCCCAUUCACACAACACAAUAUAGUUAAAAAUUGUUUUGUUUUUUUGUUUUUCUUAAAUAGUAAAACCAGGACUUGAUAUGGUCACAUUGUUUAAGACUAAGCCUCAAUGAAAAUUAGUUGUGGGGUUUUUUUUUUUUUUUUUUAUCUACGGACAUUCUAUGCGCGGUUUGAAAUUCAUAAAACGUAUUUAUGUCCAUGAAGAGGAUGUUUCUUUCCAAGACUCUGUUCUCUCAGUGCUGCUUCUUUUGUGGGUGAUGCACCCCGUAAAACAGAAUUUGUUGCAAAUUAUACCUUUUUAACUUUUUUUUUUCUGCAUUAUAAAGCCUUUAAAGUGUACAUGACUACUUUAAAGCGCUAACCAAUUGUCUGGUUAGCUUUUCUCCAUUGUGACCUUAUCAAGUUUUGGUGGGGAUUGCAUCAGUUAGUUACAAGAAGAAAAAAAAGAAUAUUGCUGCACUUUUUUUUUUUCUCUUCAAUUUUCAGAACAGUGUUUGAAAAAAAUGCAUUUUAUUUUCUUUUCUUUUUUUUUUUAACUCUGUUUAACUAGACAAAAUGUUCUUUCAAAAGAGGCAUCAAAAUGUGUUCCUAAUUUUGUAUAUGGGCUUAGGUUUUGUAACCAAUAAAAAGCUGCUAUCAAAUACUA